UUCACCAUGUCUUCUGGAGGUCUUCUUCUCCUGCUGGGACUCCUCACCCUCUGGGCAGAGCUGACCCCCGUCUCCGGCCAGGGCCCGCCAGAGUUGUGUCAUCUUCCUGCUGCCAUCGGAUCAUGUAAAGCCAAUAUGCCUCGCUUCUACUACAACUCGACUUUCAAUAACUGCCAGGAGUUUAUUUAUGGUGGAUGCCAGGGCAAUGCCAACAAUUUUGUGACCAGAGAUGAAUGCCACUACGCCUGUGUUGAAAAGCCCGGGGUGUGUCCCACGGCCCCUCCAGUCAUCAUCACCAUUACUGUCGUAAGGUGUGGAAGUGACUGGGAGUGUGAGGGGAAACAGAAGUGCUGCCAUUAUGGUUUCGUGAUUGACUGCAUGGAUCCUGUCUAA